UCAGAGCCUUGCUUCUCUUUCGUCCUAUCCCGUUCCGGCCUCACUUCCCCCGCCUCCUCUUCUAGCGCCUCCCUUCCCCCCUCGCCCUCGCCAGCUCAGCCUCGCCAUGGCCGCCGCCACAAUCGCACUCAGUUGUACGUGUGGAGGCGACCUCUCUCCUCCUUAUAGCCCGCUGCUUGUCACUCUGCUGGGGCCUGACCUGACUGUGACCGCCCGGAGUUAAUGCCGACCUGAUUCGAGACAUUCUUUAGCGGUAGUUGAGUGUUAGGCAACGUGAGGUCGCCUAUUGUGUGGUGGUGGACUGUACGUGUUGGAGCUGCUCCUGCGGGAAUCACCAUGCAUAACUCCGCCUAGGAGGUGGCUCUCCAGCAUGUAUUAAGAUUGCUGGCACUCUCUUGGGUCAAGGAUUAGGUGGGUGCAGCGUGAGGGACGAGAAGGCCUGCGUUGUGAAGGCGAGCGACGGCAUCUCGCAUCGUUGGUGAGUGCAGCAGACAGGUGGCGGUAACCUGUCGUGCUGCCGUGACACUGCUCUUGGAAAGUGAUGAGCACCCGCCCGACCCGCUCUGCCACAGUAGUUGAGAGAGUGCGGGCCACGGGAAGCCACAGUGAUAGAGCAGCAGCACCGCGGGACACGAAAGACACUGCCGCGCCCUUCGUAUCUCACGCGCAGCAGGCACCGCCCGGCGCUGUCGGCGAGUUCCCUGUCAGUGGCAGUAUAGACGAAGACACGUACUUCAAACUGUGUGAUAACUUGAAAACCCUUAAGCUGGGGGACUCUGAACUGUCUGAUAGCUUUGAGGAGUCUAUAGACCACGAAUCCGACACGACUGGCACGCAGGACAGUGACACUGGCUCAUUCUACUCAGUGCAAUCCCACCGCACAGAAAAAGGUGCCGACAGCUUUGUGUCACUUUUCCCGUUAGAUUCCACUAGUGAAUCAACCCUUUACGCCUCUGCUCAGUCCUUUCAAGGCGGUCUGCCCCACUCCUUGCCCGCCCAAACUGUUCCCUCUCACGACGCUGUCUUCAGGGAGAAACGUGACCUUAGAGAGCACCGCAGUAGUUUAACGUUCCUGCCGGGCCACACGCAACGCUUCGACCAAGUGUAUCUUAGUGACCCCCUCGAGGAGUACACAAGCUGUCCCAACCUCGCUCCCCUCGAAGAGUACCGCCUCACACCCACAGCACCUGUACCCUGUCCCGCGCCAGCACUAUCAGGUGCGACUACCAGACGCACCAUGAGCACGGUAGAUGGAGCCACUUCUCCAAAAUCGCCCAGGUCAAGGAGGGAAGAAGAUGGAGAGAAAAAGAAAAAAGGCCUGAUAUCGUCUUUCCGUAAAAGCCGCAAGACAGGCCGAAAGCUCCGUCAACAAAAGAAAGCAGCUGAGGGAGACACUGGUUCUGUGAGCACCGGUGUAAACAGCGACUAUGAUUCAGAACCUAGCGCCCCCAGCAGUCCAGCAAUAGUUAAAAGCCAAGCCAUGGGCGACUACAAGGAUGGGGAGGACACAGAAGAGCCCACGGGAGCACUAGAUGGCCACGAACGACUUAACGGAUCAGCUGCGCCGAAGGAAGCAGACCCGAGGAGCAAAACCCCUUCCCCAACACCUAAAGGCACUGGGGUAGAGGAAGGGAACAAGAAAGGAGAGGAGAAGGAAGAAAAGAAAAGAGAAAAAUCCAAAUUUGGCAGUUUUCUGCGUAAAGAGAAGAAAAUAAAGGAUUCUGCAUCAAAGUCGUCCUUGGCGAGUAACGCUUCCGCCGCCUCUUCUCAGGCCACCGAUCCCUCCUCCCAGGCCAGUGCCGACGGUGUCUCCACAUCCGAUUCUGCAGAACUCAGACAGGAGGAGAAAGAGUUUAAGAACGAUACCGAGCAGGCAACUGCGGUGGACGAUGACGUGAAUCUUGAGCCGCGCGAUGUAAACAGACGCCCCUCCGACGCCAAGGAGCUUCCACAGUCCAAGACGUCUCCCGUUCAGCCCCGCUCAACCCCCGUCCAGUUUGUUAAAAACUUCACAGUGAAUACCACCGUUCCCAAAGACAAGGUAGCACCCGAAAGCAAACCUAAACUCGAUGCUGACGCGGACCAAGGAGACGUGAAAGGAAUGGAGUCUGCCGACGUGAAGAAGAACGUGAAGCCUGCCAGUACUGAGACAAACUCCAGCAUAGAUAAGCGGGAGCACCUGUACAAGAUCUUGGUGAUAGGAGAACUUGGCACCGGCAAGACAUCCAUCAUCAAGCGCUAUGUCCACCAGUUCUUCAGCCAGCACUACCGGGCCACCAUCGGCGUGGACUUUGCCCUCAAGGUGCUUAACUGGGACAACAACACUGUUAUUCGCUUGCAGCUGUGGGACAUUGCAGGUCAGGAGCGAUUUGGGAACAUGACACGUGUGUACUACAAGGAGGCAGUGGGAGCCUUUGUAGUGUUUGAUGUGACACGUGCACAAACCUUUGAUGCUGUGACCAAGUGGAAGACUGACCUGGACACCAAAGUCACUCUAGCAGAUGGUUCCCCAAUUCCUACUGUCCUUUUGGCCAACAAGUGUGAUCAGCCCAAGGAAGGUGUGGUGAACAACCCGGCACGGAUGGAUGAUUACUGUAGAGAUAGAGGCUUCAGUGGAUGGUUUGAGACUUCAGCCAAGGAAAACAUUAACAUAGAUGAAGCUUCUCGAUUUCUUGUUAACAGAAUCCUGAAUAAUGAGAAGCAAGGGAUGAUGAUGACAGAGAGUUUGGAUGCUGACAAGUUCUCAGUGGAUGGGAGGGCCAACCCAUCAGACAAGAAGGGAUGCCUCUGCUAGUGCUAGGUGAGCACUGCACUUAAUCAUGGAUCCAGACUUUGUUGGGGAAAAAUGGUAACAAUUUGCAAAUUUGUUAAUUUUAAAUCUAACUUAUUUUGUUUAAGGGUUUUGCAUUUAUGAAUGGGAUGAGGUAGAACAUAAAGUUCAUGACCAUGAAUUUUUACCACUACCUUGUAGUAAUUUCACAGUUUUACAUUGAAAUUGCAAAACAUAAUGUAUUAACUGUCUGAAUAUGGGAAAAGAGAGUGUUUUCCCUCCAUCCCUGACCAGUAUAAGACAUUAUAUUGUCUCCAUAGAUAAAAUUCAACAUAUUCAGAUAGUUUUGCAGAGCCUAUAAUCUCUGCUAAAUACCCAACAGUUAUUGCUUCUUUGAUUUUUUUCCAUUUAGAAACCCAAUAAUUAUUUGUUUUAUUAGUUAUUCAACUUUAUUAAUUACAGUUUUCUUUUUAGAUAUUUGCUGCUUGAUUCUUGUUUGAUAACUUUGGUAAAGCAUGUACUGCCUCUAGUAAUGUUGCCUCAAUCUAAAGUAUCAAAAUAUUACUUUCUUGUCCUAUUCCCCAAAGAUUUAAACAGGAGAAUGGUAUUUUUAUUUUAUAUGUAAGGUAAUAUUAAGAGAUUCAACCUGAGCCAGGUGAUUAAUUGUAAAUUUGCAGCAUGACACACCUGUGCUUGGUGCUGCUAAUCACAAGACUGACCAGGACUGGAGUUGCCAUCGUCUUGCCGUGUGGUGUGUAAUGUGUUGCUUGACUAUGCUGUUGCAGACAUUCCUUUGAUCCCCUUACUGGCUUGGAAUGAAAUAUGUGUUCAGUAAUGCAGCUAUGUUUGUGAUGAGUGAAUGUGUUCAUUUCAAAGCCUGAGAUGGCUGGAGACAUUUUGUUUUAUCAGUUUUUAUACAGGAAUUUUUCAUAUCAGUAGCAUGUUUGGACCAAUUCCUGUGAUAUAACAUGAUGUACAUACAGAGUUUAUAGUUUGAUAUGUGAAAAUGAACUGUAGGCUAAAUGAAAAGUGGCAGAUAUUUUCUCUGACACUAGGAAAGAUAUGUUCCACUCUCCUCAACCAUGUAACUACGAUUUGUUGUAUAUUUUUUUUUCUGCUGUCACUUGACAAUAUUGACAAAUUAAUUGUCUCAGUCCAGUGCUGUUGAUGAUCUGUAGAAAUAAUUGUUCAUUUGAAUCGGUAGCAAUUUUUUCGUUGUGGUUAUUUAAAACAAAACAUUCUAUUUUAUUGUCAUCACCUUAUCAAACUGGUUGACACCUUGCUCUUUAGGUUUGAAGGUUUUAAAAAUACGUCAUUAUUACUGAUCAAAAUCUCUUCCAGUGAAAACUUCUGCCCUUUACAAGCUCAACCAAUUAUUUUGUUGCUUAAUAUUCUAGAAAUUACCUUUCAUUUUCACUAUGGUGCCUAAUAUAAUUUUCAAUGCAGCUCAAGUGAUACUAUAAUAGUAUUCACCUUAGCCUUGUUUGACUCUGAAGUAUUGCUAUGUUUAUGCAUCCAUUUUUGAUAUUUUGGAAUAAAGAAGUUAUUUUGUUUGUAGCUGCAUCACAUGUAACAGCAGUUUUAUGAGGAAAUUCAUCCUGCACCACAACAGUGCAUAUGUUUAUACAUUUGUUUUUUGUUUCAACUCUGCUGGUCAUGUUCUACCUUUUAGCCAUAAAGGUUUAUGUGCAUUAUAUCUGACAAUACUACUACUAGUUUGGUGGUGAGAUGAACGCUAUAUAGUAUACCUGUAUUUAGGGCAGUAUAAAAAUUUGUAUUUGAUUCUUAUGCACACAGUGGUCAGCUCAGGGCUGUUAUGGGACUCUGAUCAAUCUCAAGCGCAAUUUGGCAGGUAGAUAAAAGUAAUAUCUGUCUGGUUGUAGAGAUACUGCUGCACUAAUAAGCAGCCUCAUGCUUCAUGUUGGGCAUAAAUUAUUCAUUUCUGAGUUAUUUAUAUUUAACCAUAUUCCUUUGACUUUCUCUAGUGAUGUUAGCAAACAGUGAAAAUCAAACACUUGGCUUUUUUUUUUAUUUAUUUAUUUAUUUAUUACAUAUUUGAUGUACUGCCCCAGUAAUCUUAUAUUGAUUCCUACUCUACUCUACUUAAUUCACUCUUCUGAAAGCUCUUCACAUCAAAGCACUGAAAACUCAUACAUACACUUUAAAUGACUUAUGCUGUUGGUUAUUGUAAAUUAGUUAUCAUUACAUAUGACUGUAUAUAUACUAUUAUUAGUUUUAUCUGUUAGCCAUCAUGCAUAAGAGUUGUAUCAGAUAUCUGCAUCUGCAUCACCUACAGAACAUUAACAUUAUAUAAAAUUCUGCAUUAACAUCUGCAAACUCUUUUGAGAUUAAAUAAACAUUUCCAUUUACAUUAGCAUGUGUUUUUACAGUCAGCAUCUGCAUCCUCACCAACCAAAAGUACAUGUGGCAAAUUAUAGGAGAAUGAGAACAUGUACAGUAAACUUCUGGUUGUCAGUCUUAACAUAAUUUCAGAUUGCUAAAACACAUUGAUCAUAAUAUCUCAGACUUGUAAUUUGUCAUGUUAAAGGAUAAAGACAACCAAUGCUCUCUUUAUCAGUGUGCACACACACACACACACACACACACACACACACACACACACACACACACACACACAUUGAAGUGUUAACACGUGGAACAGCUUACGGGAAGAGGUGGUGGAGGCGAACAGUGUCCAACAAAUGAAGGAAAGGGUGAAUAAAUGUAGAUAUGGAGACGGGACUAUUAGAGCUUAGCUCGCCUCGGUAGACUACAAAUAGGUAAAUAAACACACACACACACACACACACACACACACACACACACACACACACCAAGGACUAAUAGGCCAUCACUGUUGUUUAAUGGAAAAUUAACAUGUAGCAAAAGUGAGAAAGAAUAAGGACUUUGGAGUGCUGGUUCAGCAUAACUUGUCACCCCUAAAGCACACCAACAAGAUUGUGAAACUUAUAAAAGUUGACAAACAUAAGCAUUGAAUGGCACUACAUGGAAGAGAUGAUGAGGAAAUUUUUAGAGACCCAGGUUAGAAUAUGCCACAUCUGCAAAAUGUGUAUGCUUGAUAUGCACAUCUAUACAUCUGCAAAUAGCUCUUUUCAGACAUCUGAUACAUCUCUAUUAUGCAUCAUUCAUUUGUACUGGCUAACUGAUUGAUUAAUAUGUAAUAAUCUACGUCUGUAUUUGUCCAGCAUUGAACUUCAGUAUUAAUUAAGCUGAUGUAAGACCUAAAAAUGAUACAAAAAAGUCAGGCUAUUGUCCCCUUGAUGCCACCCACUCUUACUCGUCCAGUAGUAUAUAUUGAAAUAUGUGGUAUAGCAUUUUGUAUUAACACUAAGGUUGGUUGAUUCAGUACCAAAGGCUCUCCCCAACUAAAGACUUAGAAUUUUCUGCUGGGUAUAUUGCCAUAUAUUUUGUAUACUUAUAUAUGUGUAGUUUGAACUUUGUGACCAAAUUAUACAAUAAUAGAGAAUAAGAUUAUACAUAAUAUUUUUGAAAGGUCAAAACAGCAAGGGAAGGUGGGAUACUGAUAGACUCGAGUGUUUAUUUACUUGUACGAUGUGCAUGAUGGUUUCCUUUUUUUCCAAUUAAUGAUAUUUUUUCAUAAGUUGGAUAAAGUACACAACCUUUUACAGAAAAUUGCUGCAAUGGCAGCAUAUUCCUGGUACACACAUAAAAGCAGCAUUAGUCAUUAUGGAGGGCAUGAUUGUCUGAAUUCACUCCAGAAAUUAUAUGGGAUAUAUGACUGAAAUAGUUGUCAUCUGCAAUCAAGACCAAACUGCAAGGUAGUUGCAACAGUGCUCUUCAACGAGUUAAGCAGCCUGUUGACACAGCAAAUAUAUAGUCGUUUCAUACAAAUUGGAUUUAUUGAUAUUUAACUACAUAACCUUUUUUGAUUAAGGUAAUCAGUAUUUUUAAAAAAUGGAAAUUCAAGAGGAUUGAUUUAUAAUGUUUAAUUUAAACCUGAUUCUAAUCAUAAAUGUUAUGAUGAUUCUCACAGAAAUGUAACAUUUGCAUCAAGCAAAACUUGAUAUUUAUAUAAAGCUGUCCAAGAGUACCAGGCUUGAGUGGUGUGUAGUGGUGGGUGUUAACGGUGUUAUUCCGUUCACAAACCAAAUGCUCUAAUUCAAGAUUUAUUGAUUUGUUGACAAUUAAAUUUCUCUGGUGCAACAACAGUACAUCAUGAUGAUAUGGGACUGAAAAUGAUGAAGUAAGUGUGUGUGUGUGUGUGUGUGUGUGUGUGACCUGAUUGCAUGAGAAAUCAAUUUAAUAAAAAAAACAUCAUGACCUGUAUAUAAACAGAGAUUGUUAAUAUUUAAUAUAGUACUGGUUAUUUAAUAAUGACAUUUGGGCAGUGCCCCUCUUGUACUUUGUCACUUUUACAAACUGUGCAUUCUGGUAUUUUGUGUAUAACCUCGCUGCAGAUAGCAAUAAACUGCUUUUUAUUAUCUCUUUUCAUGAUGUCUGUAAUUUUUUUCAAUGAGUUUGUUUCCAACCUGGGUAAGCCUUAUUUAUGCACAGAAUUGUUUUGUAGAAAAGGUUGGACUUGACACACCAGCUCUGAUUUUGUGGAUAUUUUACAAAAGACAAUAAAAAUAUAUUGAGGAAUUUAA